UGCCACGUUGAUGGAGACCAGUGGAGACGUGGAAUUCUCCCUAUGUGCAACCGGGACAGUCGCUAAUUCUGUAAUUCUGAUCAGGGGAUCUCGUAUAGGCAAGAAAGGCAAUCUUUAAGUUGCAGAACGAAGUUUUAAAACGGGAUUUUGGACAGCUUGGAUGCAUUUGAGCAGUGCUACGAGGGAAGGAUGAAGCUAAAAGAGAUAAACCGCACCGCCAUCCCGGCUUGGAGCCCAGCUCAGCACCACCCGAUUUACUUGGCUGCAGGAACUUCUGCUCAGCAGCUCGAUGCUACGUUUAGCACCACCGCCUCACUGGAAAUCUUCGAACUCGACCUGGCUGAUCCUGCUUUGGCCAUGAAGUCAUGUGGUGCUUUGUCCUUACCGCACAGAUACCACAAGCUGGUUUGGGGACCACAUGGCAUCAAUGAUCAAGGCUCGGCCUCUGGAGUGCUCAUAGCUGGAGGAGAGACCGGUGACAUCAUUCUCUAUGAUCCCUCCAAGAUCAUUGCUGGUGACAGUGAAGUCAUCAUUGCUGAAAGUAAUAAACAUAUAGGGCCUGUUCGAGCGUUAGAUGUCAACUCAUUCCAGACAAACCUGGUAGUGUCUGGAGGUAACGAGUCAGAAAUCUACAUCUGGGAUUUGAACAGUUUUAGUACGCCAAUGACUCCAGGACCGAAGUCACAGCCUGCGGAGGACAUUAGCUGCGUAGCGUGGAACUGCCAGGUGCAGCACAUCCUUGCCUCAGCCAGCCCCAGCGGCAGAGCCUCCAUCUGGGACCUUAGAAAAAAUGAUCUCAUCAUCAAAGUCAGCGACCACAGCAACAGGAUGCAUUGCUCUGGUCUUGCAUGGAACCCAGAUGUUGCCACUCAGCUGGUUUUAGCCUCUGAAGAUGACCGAAUGCCUGUCAUCCAAAUGUGGGAUUUGCGCUUUGCCACCUCUCCUCUUAAAGUCCUAGAAAACCACACAAGGGGUGUUCUGGCCAUUGCUUGGAGUUUAGCUGACCCUGAGUUGCUAUUAAGUUGUGGGAAAGAUAACCGAAUCCUAUGUUGGAACCCCAAUACUGCUGAGGUCCUGUAUGAGCUCCCAAGCUCGCAGUGGUGUUUUGACAUCCAGUGGUGUCCAAGGAACCCAGCUGUUCUGUCUGCUGCCUCCUUUGAUGGGCGCAUCAGCAUCUACUCAAUCAUGGGAGGCAAUAAUGACGCUGUUAACAGUGCUCAGGCUGAUCAGGUAAGUUCUUCAUUUGCCAACAUGGAUCCCUUUGGCACAGGCCAGACAUUGCCUCCUCUGCAGCUGCCUCAAAGCACCAGUGCUAACAGCACCGUCACACCGUUGAAGAAACCACCCAAAUGGAUCCGUAGACCAGUGGGGGCUUCAUUUGCUUUUGGUGGUAAACUCAUUUCUCUGGAAAACAUUAAACCAACACCACAGCAGCCCCAGCAGCCCACGGCCCACGUCGUCCAUGUGAGCCAGGUUGUCACCGAUACAGAUUUUUUGGAUCGCUCAAACCAACUGCAGGCCACUCUUACCGCUGGAAACUUUGUGGAAUUCUGCCAGGGAAAGAUUGAAGCUGCACAGAACGAGUUUGAGAAGACUAUUUGGGCUUUCUUGAAGGUCCACUUUGAAGAUGAUACCCGGGGUAAAUACUUGGAGCUGCUGGGAUACAAGAAGGAGGAACUAGCACUGAAGAUUGCUUCAGCAUUAGAAAGAAAAGAAGUCAAAUCAGAUGAAGGCAAUGAGCAACCUGAAAUCGACACGACAUUGACGAAUGACUUAGACGGUACACCCCAGACAGACUUCGCUCUUCCAGUUAACGGUCAGCCAGACUCUGAGCUGGAUCUGAGCGCUGUACCAUUGGCCGAAGAGCAGUCCGAUGAUGGGGUCGUGGCUGCCAAUACGAGUAAAGAGGAGCCAGACCUGCCGGAGGAGGUGGAAGAGAAUGGAGACCUAACAUCAGAGGAUGCCCUUGCAGCCCCGGUGCUUGCAGAAAUUCCGGUUGUUGAAGAGAAACCUGUUCAUCAGAUCCCUUCUAACGUCAAAUUUAACCAAGAUGUAGAUGGAUUGAUCACCCAAGCUCUUCUCGUUGGGGACUUUGAGGCUGCUGUUAACCUUUGUCUUCAUGACGACCGCAUGGCGGAUGCAAUCAUCCUAGCCAUCGCUGGUGGACCAGAGCUUCUUGAAAAGACCCAGAAGAAAUACUUAACCAAAACUCAAAGCAAAGUUGGCAAGAUCAUCAGUGCUGUGGUUAUGAGGGACUGGUCGAAUAUACUUGAGACGUGUGAGCUUCAGAACUGGAAGGAGGCUCUGGCUGCAGUUAUGACCUAUGCCAAACCUGAAGAGUUCUCCUCUCUUUGUGGGAUACUGGGCUCCAGGCUGGAGGCUGCUAAAGAUGCUGCUCUGCAAGCACAGGCUUGUCUGUGUUACAUUUGUGCUGGGAGUGUAGAGCAGCUGGUGUCUUGCUGGUCGAAAGCACAGGAUUCUAGCUGCCCUCUCGCACUCCAGGACUUGGUGGAAAAAGUGGUGAUACUGCGGCGGGCUGUGGAGAAGACUCAGGGUGGAGUCGCCCCUGCUGUAGGCACCUUAUGGGCAGAAAAGAUGAGUCAGUAUGCCAACCUGCUGGCCUCCCAGGGGAGCCUGCAAACCGCCAUUUCCUACCUGCCCACCAACACGGAGCAGGCUGCAGUGCAACAAUUGCGAGAGCGCCUGAGCAGAGCACUCGGACAGCACGGAGCAGCACCUGUAUCGAACAGACACCCAGCGGCUGCUGCUGCUGCGCCUCAACCAGGCUACAGGCCGAUCCCACCUCAACCUCAACCUCAACCACUGCCUUCUCAGCUCCCUCCUGCUGCUUCUGUACCACAGUAUUACCCGCAGGUUAGGGCUGCCUGUACUGUCACUUCCUGGAGUAACCAAACCCCAACCGCUCUGCCCAGUGCCCCUCAUCCGCUAGCCCCAGCCAAAGACCCGCAGCCUGAUCCAACACAAGUAGCUGUGCCACGGUUCCCUGUGCAUGCCCCGGAUGCCUCCAAUCCAUACUCACACUUGCAGCCGUAUUCAAGCUACCCCCAGGUCCAGCAGUUCACACCAGGUGCUGGGGGUCCUGCGAUCUAUGACCCGCUCCAGAACUCCUCCUCUACAUCUGCUCCUCUUCCUCCUCCACCUUCAUCUUCUGCUGCUUCUUUCUACCCCCCUCAUUUUAUGCAUCCUCCCUCGUCUCAGGCUGCACCACCCACCUUUUCCAGACCUCCUUUCUCUCCCAGCCAGCAAGCUCCAACUGCUCCUAGUCUGUCCUCCACCUCUACUUCCUCCUUCUCGCCUCCUCCUUUCUCCUCGGGAGGCUCGUUCCGGCACGGCGGGCCAGGCUCUCCAACUGCCAUGCUCCCGCCCCCACCGACCGGAGCCUCAGGUACUCAGGCUGAACCCGACAUGAUCCCAGCCUCCCAAAGAACAGGGGGAAUUACCCAAGAUUUCUGGUUUUUGGAAGGGCCCCAAAAUGGUUGGAAUGAUCCUCCUGCUCUCAUGCGAGUAACCAAGAAGAAGAAGGUUCCAGAAAACUACACUCCUCCUGCUCCAAUCACAGCACCCAUCAUGGCUCCAUUGGGCGAGCCACAGUCUCCUCUUCCUCCGCAGCCAACAGGGGUUCCUGGUCCAUUUAACCUCAUCCAGCAACAACCACCUACUGCUGCACUCAUGAACCCGCCCACAUCCAGCAUGCCCAGCAUGCCCAUUGAGGGGCCACCUGGCGCACCCACCGGGGAUGUCAUACAGCCAAUGCAAGCACUCCCCACUGAGAAGAUCACCAAGAAACCCAUCCCAGAUGAGCACCUCAUUCUCAAAACAACAUUUGAGGGCCUGAUCCAGAAGUGCUUGGCUGCUGCCACAGACCCUCAAACAAAGAGGAAGUUGGAUGAUGCUAACAAGAGGCUAGAGUCCCUUUAUGACAAACUGAGAGAGCAAACUCUUUCCCCAGCCAUCGUGGGCGGCCUGCACAACAUGGCCAGGAGCAUCGAAUCCCGCGCCUACACGGACAGCCUCAACAUCCACACACACAUCGUCAGCAACAGUAACUUCAGCGAGACUUCUGCUUUUAUGCCAGUCUUGAAGGUUGUGCUAACACAGGCUAAUAAGCUGGGUGUCUGAUGUCAUGUGCGCGCACACAGUUCUCACCAGUAUUCCCGCAACUCCGACACAAGCCAUCAGUCAAUAAGGACCAACUCAUAUUGACGUGCUUCACCAGUCUUAAAUCUGGAAUAUAGCAUUCCAGUUAAAAGGCGUACUUUUCUUCCUUUUUUUUUUUUUUUUUUUAUUAGUCUUAGAAUUUGUAUAUGUUUGUUGCCAUUAUUUCAUAUUUGUAAUUGUGGCAGAGCAGAGUGCAAUGGGUUUUUUUUUUCCCCUUUUUUCUUUUUGUCUGCAUGUUUUUGGGCAACUCCUAGGAUUCACAGCUUGGAGAAAUCAAUCACAUGUCAGACAGCAUUUGUCAGAUAUUUGCUAUUAUGUAAUUGAGCUCUGACUUAUUUUAGAUUCUUUUUUUUUUCCCUUCCAAUUUUUGUCAGUAAGAAUUUUAGGCUAUUGCUUUGUGUGCUAAUUAGAAGCCUUGCCAUUUCAGUGAUGUUCAAUGCAAAAAAAAGAAAAACAUGUAAUUGCAUUUUAUCCGUUUACCAGGAUAUACAUACAGUCUUGGUAAUGAGGAAAUAUUUUCAAUAAAUGUUAUUUAUUUAAAUCUUUUAAGAUUUGAGUUAAUCAGUAAGCAUACAGCUUUUGCAAACCAGGCCUGCCUAGUUAUAUGGCUGUCUAGUUUUACUCCCUUCUGUAGUAAUUUGAAACCUUAACGCCACAGUUAGGUGACUUAAAUGGUUUAGAAGUAUCUCAGCUGUCUGCUGCAGAAAUGGUGGCAAAAAAGUGUGGUAGACUCACUUUAGUUCUUUUGCUCAAGGAAAUGUUUUGAAAGGAAAAUAAUUUUUCAGUACUGCAUAUCAGCAAACCAUUCAUGAUAUUAUAACAUUUCUAUUAUGUACUCUUAAAGGAUCGCAUGAUAUUUUAGAGGCAUUGCUGGCUUAAACACUAAGGACGAUAUCACGGAGAGCAAACUAGCCAUCAAUGUAAUUUUUCUCACCACUCCUGUUUAAACUCCUAUUUUGUACAAAUCCUGUGCCCCUUAGUUUUAAGGGAGGAAUCAGUGCACAAUGUUUAAAUGACCAUUGUAAAAAUCAGAGGAGGGUGUUGCGUUUUAAUGAAAUGGUUAAAUAAAGUGCUCAAUAUUUCUCA